AGCAUGGAAAAGGGGAAUGCAACACUGUGGACAGAGCUUGUUCUCACAGGACUGACACGUCAACCACAGUGGAAAAUCCCACUGUUCCUGGUGUUUUCAUUAAUAUAUCUCAUCACCAUUGUGGGGAACCUUGGUUUGAUCACUCUUAUCCUGAACGACCCUCACCUUCACAUCCCCAUGUACUUAUUCCUUGGUAAUUUAGCCUUUGUGGAUACUUGGUUAUCAUCCACAGUGACACCAAAGAUGCUGCUCAACUUUCUAGACAAGGGAAAGGUGAUUUCUGUUUCUGAAUGCAUGAUACAAUUCUUUUCCUUUGCAAUAAGUGUAACCGCAGAAUGUUUUCUUUUGGCAGCAAUGGCUUAUGACCGCUAUGCAGCUAUCUGCAAACCCUUACUUUACCCAGUGAUUAUGACCAACAGACUAUGUAUCCGCCUAUUAGUUUUAUCUUUUAUAGGUGGCUUUCUUCAUGCUGUAAUUCAUGAAAGCUUUUUAUUCAGAUUAACCUUCUGUAAUUCCAACAUACUAUAUCACUUUUACUGUGAUGUUAUACCGUUGUUAAAGAUUUCCUGUACUGAUCCUUCUAUAAAUUAUCUGAUAAUUUUUAUUUUUUCUGGUUCAAUACAAGUAUUCACCAUUAUGACCAUUCUUAUAUCUUAUACAUUUGUUCUCUUUACCAUUUUAAAGAAGAAGUCUGAAAAGGGCAUAAGGAAAGCCUUUUCCACCUGUGGAGCCCAUCUCUUAUCUGUGUCUUUGUACUAUGGCCCACUUCUCUUUAUGUAUGUGCACCCUGCAUCUUCACAAGCAGAUGAUCAAGAUAUGAUUCUCUCUCUGUUUUACACAGUCAUUAUCCCUGUGUUAAACCCAAUUAUCUACAGUUUGAGAAACAAGCAAGUUAUAGAUUCUCUGAAAAAAAUAUUAAAAAGAAUUGUUUAG